UUAUUCUACAGAGACUGGUGUGUUCCUGUACCUUGGACUAGCAGUAUUCACUAUUAAUAAAUACUUUGACCUGGCUCUCAUAAUAUGGAGUGUGGUACUGAUACUGGCAGGAAGAGCAGCUAAUAUAUUCCCAUUGACAGCACUAGUGAACUGCUGCAGGUCUAUUAAGAUCAGCAUUAGGAUGCAGUGUAUCAUGUGGUACUCAGGUCUAAGAGGUGCAGUGGCAUUUGCACUAGCUGAGAACUUAAAAGAUUAUUUCAACAAAGAAGUGACAGGCUAUAUAGUAACCACCACACUAGUGAUUGUACUGUUCACUAUUGUAAUACUGGGGGGAUCAACACUGCCACUACUUAAGUUUUUAAAGGCAGAUAAAGGAGCUAAACUUACAUUAAGUAAAACAGAGGAACAGGAUACUGCUAUUAGUAUGUCCUCUCCAGUCAAUGAAAGGUUCAUGAUGUCUCCUCGUGUGUACAAUCGACUGAGGAACUGCUCCCAAUGGUUCAUGUUUAUUGACUACAGGUAUAUCAGACCAUUUUUCAUCAGACGCUUCACAAAAGAGGAAGUGAAAGCCUCUCAGUUUGAUAUGCAGCAGAAGACAGUUGAGUGGUACCAAGGACUGAGGAAUGACUCACUCUCUGAUCAUGAUGAGAUUCAUGAGACCACUGCUGGAGAGGAGGAGAGUACUGUCUCUACACUGUUAUCAUAAUCACUACUGCACUACCUCCUCAUUACAUGUAUCAGUGUUAUUAUUAUCAGUGUAUUAUUUAAUGUCUUCUGUGUUCAAUUCUCUCUCUCUCUCCAUCUCUCAUUGUUAUUUAGUAUAAGAUGUGUUCUUAAUCAUCAUUAUUAAUUAUUAUUUUCAUUAUUUUUGAGACUACAUGUAUUGUCUUAUUCUUGUCCAGUCAGUUUGAACUCAUCUUUAAAUCACACAAUUAAUUUCAUUUUAUUUAUGAUUCAAUAAUACUUGCAAAAUAGCUACUUUCUUCCAAGGUAGCUUUGACUUUUUAUAAACUAA